AUUAUUUUGCCCAAAAUGAGCCGCUUUGAAAAAUUUGCAUCUAAAAUGAAAGCAAUAGAUGAUAACUCUGAUAGUGAUGAUGGCCUCAAAGAUUCUAGAAAGAAGGGCUUUGAAGACAAAAUUACUAGAAUUAGGCGCAAAUAAGGGAAAUAUAGAUGACCUCUCAGGGAGUGACCUGGCUCCUUCAAUAGAUCUCUCAGUCAAGGAUGCUAGCAAUAAAGGGCCUGAAGAGUUUAAGAUUGGGAAUGAUAUCUCUGAUUCUUAUGAAAAAUUCAGCAGUGAUGGGGAUAAGAAGAGUCCUAAGAAAGAAAUUAAAAAGACAGACAUUGAAUCAGACAUUGAAGUUUCCUCAGAUAGUGACUCUGAGCCAAAUGAGUUUGAAAAACAAGAAAAGGAAUAUCAAAAAUUACUCAACCAGAAAGCCUCAGAUAGUGAAGAUGAAGAUAAACCACAACCAGAGCCUAAGCAAGCUGAGCAUAAAGGAAUCCAGGAGAUUAAGAUCGGCCAAGAAGAACCUGAUGACGAAUACGAUAACUUCAGUGAAGAUGCUGAAGAAGAACCACCUAAGGAAAAGAAACUUAAGAAGCUCUCUGAGCAAAGGAAGAAAGAGAAAAAGAAGAAUACCCAGAAUCCCAAAGAAAAAGAUGAGUCAAUCCAAAAGUCCCAUGCCGGAAUCCAAGAGUUCAAAAUUGGUGAUAAGAGUGCUGAUCAGGUAGAUAAUUUCUCAGAUGACCAAGAAGAAAUAGAGUCUAUAAAAGAAGAGACAAAGCAACAUGAGACAAAAGAGUUCAAGAUCGGAGAGGAAAUUGAAGUCGAAAGUGAUUAUGAAAAGUUUAGUGAUGAUUCUGACAAAGAAACUAGCAAUAAAAAGAAAAUUGAAAAGAAGAAGAAAGAGUCCCCAAUAGCUCAAGAAAAUAAGAUAGAAGAAUUUAAGAUUGGAGAUACUCAACUUCCAAGUGAUUAUGAUGGAUUCUCAGAUGAUGACAAUGAUAAAAAGGAAAAGACUAAGCCAAAAUCGCCUAUGAAGAAGUUGGCUGAGAAAUCUAAAAGUCCAGAUCCAAAGCCUAAGAAGAAAGUUGUUAAAAAGAUUAUUAAGAAAGGAACUAAGAAGAGCAGAGGAAGUUCUAAAAAUUCUUCUGAAUCUCCUUCAAUAAGAAAAGGCUCAUCAAUAACAUCUAACAAAUCAAAAAUUGUAAAAACUGUGAAAAAGAAGGCAAAGGCGUCGAAUUCCAAUACUAGAAAAAAAGAUCCUGCUCCGAAGAAAUAUCCUAAACUGAACCAAGACUUAAUGGCAGUUUCAACUCCAAAUGAGUUCAAAAUUAAUGAUCAAAAAUCAAACGUCUCAGGAGGUUCCUUAGAUGAGAUCUCUGAAGAGAUUGGUUCAAAAUCAUCUGAGAAAUCCCAAGUGCCUGCUUCAAAAUAUUUGAAGAAGAAGGAGAAACCGGCAGCAGAUCCUAAUAUCCAGGAAUUUCAAAUUAAUGACAACCUUAGUGAAGAUACAUUCAUUAAACUUGAAGAUGAAGAGGACGAUACCAUCAGAAGUAGUAUCUACGAAUCCAUUGAAAAAUCUACUAGAUUAAAAGAGAUGGCCGAGAAGAAAUUCGGUGCGAAAGAUAGGCCUAAACCAAGCGACACAGAAAGCUCUCUUCCAGUUAUUAAAGAGAAAACUAGAGAUAUAGGCAGGCCGCCCAAGAAACUUGAAAAAUCUGUUACUGAGAAAGCUCAAUAUGUUAAAGAAGUAAAUCAGAGCGAGGUUAGUGAGAAGCCCAGGAAUUUCCAGGAAUUCAAGAUAAAUGAUGCUGACUCUAAAUUUGGCUACGAAGGAUUCUCAGAUAAUCCCAGCUCAACCCCAAUGAGCCAGAUUGAUAAGAAUGAGAAAGAAAUUUUGAAUAAUUUGCCCAAAGCUCCUGUCAAGAUACAGGAUAAAAAGACCCAUGCCAAGAUCAGAGCGAAGAAUCUUCAGAAUAAAAAGAAGAAGGAAGAUAAUAUUGGUCCCACUGAGUUCAAAAUUUCUGAUGAUGUUGAUCCAGAUCCGACAGAAGGAUUUGAGUCUGUUGAAGGUGAGAAUGAUCAAGAGAAAAAGAAAAAGAAGUUAGACCACAAGAAAGCUAAAGAAACAUUCAAAUCGAAAGUCAAGGAUUAUGACCUCAAUCAACAUAAAAAGAGUGAAUUUGGAGACUCAGUUGCAAGGGAUGGUAGAUCUGAGAGAAUCAACCCCAAAGAGUUUGUCAUUGGAGAUUCUGGAAGUCAAGCUGUUGAUGAUGGCUUUGCUGAGAAAGAAAAACCAUCUUACGCAGACCAGUCAGAGGAUAAUAGAGAGAAAUCAGUUGCAUUACAGUCAUUCACAGAGCCUAUUGAGGACGAAAAGAGUUCAGUUAUAUCUGCAGUUGCUAGAACUCACACUACAGAAGCCAUAAACCCAAAUGAGUUUAAGAUUAAUGAUGAUAUAUCAAGGUUUGAUGAGAAAGAUUUCUCUAAUAAUUCUCAGUCAAACUAUGCUCAAGGAAUAAACAAGAACCUCAAGAGGCAAAAAGUGAUGGAGAAAAGGUUUGAGAAGGAUCAUGACACUAAGCUCCAGAAGGAUCUGGAUAUCCAUAGUGAGCAAUCUGUUCGCCUUGGAGAGAACGGUAGGAAACGCCCUAAAACUGCAUUUAAAGAUACCACAAAGAAAGGCUCUGCCCCAUUUGUUGCCUUUAAACAAGAACCGGUGACUAUGGAGAAAGAAGUAGAAAUAGCUAGAAAGAAGCUCUUCAGAAAACUAAAGGGUGAUAAGAUGAAGAAAAAGAAGGUAAUUAGCCAGGCUGUAAAGAAGCAUGUUAAGAAGGCUCCUGCCCAAAGAGAUGGCAGGCCUAAAACUGCCAAGGCAGGUCCUAAGGAAGUGAAAAUACAAGAUAACAACGAGAAUGAUUACGAUGAGUUCUUAAAUGGUCCUAGAAAAUCUAAAGUGAAGCAAACUAAGACUGACGAUAAGUUUAAGAAGAAGGAACAGGGCUGGAUCGGAAUUGGAAUUGGAGGAGGCAGAUUUGGAGAAGAAGAACUCAGAAGAGAUAUCCUCAAGAAAAGAGAAGCAAGGAGUAUCUUCAAUAUGCCUCCAGAGAAGCCAACCGAAGAAGAGUAUGAUAGCGAUGAUGUAGUCUAUGAUAUGGGAUAAGACAAAAGUUAUUUCAAUUUAAACAAAGAAUAUU